AUGCGCAUUACCCCCAUCAUUCGCUUACUAUUUUGGUCAUUCAAAGCAUACACACUAUUGAAAGGAUUCCUCCCCAAUUCGACAUCGUCACUCAUUCGCUACUACACGAGGCGAUCGCUGCGGAUCAUCAAAAAGGCAAAAGGUCACAGCCGCCUCCUUCUGCUAGGGCCGAUUACACGGACCUUCACUCCAAAUACUGCUUUCUUUCGCAGAUUCGAAUCCAUCCUUUUUCAACUUACUUUCUAUUCUACAAGCCAAAUUAUUGAAUUCAUACUCGACAUAAUCGACGUUUUCAACAAUCCUAUAGCUACCGAUCCGUCUUCUAUCAGCAUGUCCUUUUGCUGUCGGACCUGUGAUCACAGGAACCAUGCUUUAGCUACCAACACAACAGAGACACUGCUGGAUGUUUGCCUCAUUACCCUCACCUUCCAAACCGAAAUCGUCGAAUCGAACAGACCGAGUUAUGUCGCGCUCAAUACCAUGCUUAACAACAUAACCGAUGCCGCCGAAUCAACAUCACAUCCCACCUUCUUCACAAUGUGGUCACCAUGCCUCUCAGAUCCCAAGACCGCGGUGAUAAUUAGUACAGCAGCAGAAACUCUCCACAGCCCAACUUCGACCAUUUUCGAACCGAUACUACAGUACUUGUCGAAACCCCCAGGCGUUCAGCACAUAUUCCUGGACAGGUCUGUUCUUUCUCUUGCAGCAUCGUCGCCUGAGCAAAGAAUAGCGUCCGACGUUAUGAUAGUUCGGGCGCCAAAUCCAGGCGUGGCAGGCGCAAUAGGCAGGCAAUUUGGAUGGAACCCCAAAAGGUCUGCCUUAUCCUCCCAGGCCGAGAUUGGGGCGCCGGGCGGGAGCUUCAGCCACCCGGGCGAUCUCAUCCGCGACUUUUGGGCAUGGGCAGAAUUGAGCUCGGAAGAUCCCACGUCACCAUCCAGCUCCUCAGCUGGAAGCGGAUGGGAGAGCUCAGGAUCAAGACCGGGCUUGAUAAGCACCAAUUCCGAAGAGAAGAACAUGUCUCUUUUCUGGGCUGAAGAUGAUGAGCGUCGGAAUAUGGAGGAUGAGACACUCGUUAUGAUUUUCCAGUGGAACAGUCAUCUCGACGGAGACCGCUUCAAGCACCCGUUGCAGAGAAGCCUUGGGCAGAAUUCCAGGGAGGUCAGCGACGAUAUGUGGGAUAGGCAUGUGGCGCAUCCUGUGCGGCAGCUCCAAGGGAUUGGCGCAAAGGUGGAGACAUACAAGGUAGACCUGAGAGGCGUCGAGUCUCGGAUAGACUUUGGGAGGUCAUCACUCAGGGAUCGGGUCGCCGGUAGGCGACUGAGCACUAUGGCUUCGGGCCUAGGCGAGAGGGUCACUGGAUUGUGGAAUCGAUAACAGGGAAACCUGGGGAUUCCUAGGCUGUUGUUUCUUUUGUCUGUGCACGAGUAUAUGAUUGUAAUGACACGAUGAUGCAGUGCAGCAGUGGGAUUAAACCGAGGUCGGAAACGCCGCUUUAGGCGGGCAGCGCCAAUGUGAGAUAUGACCAUCGUUCGAUGCAAAUUAGGACAGCACUGUCUUGAU